AUGGUUGUAGAAAAUUUGAGUGACGAUGUAAUUGUGAUUUCUGGUAUCUCUGGAAAAUUUCCUAAUAGCAAUAAUGUCGAUGAACUCAUGGAAAAUCUUAUUAAUGGUGUCGAUUGUGUAUCGGAAAAUCAUAGGAGAUGGCCCAAUAAAUACAAAGAAAUACCUUACCGUAUGGGAACAAUGAAAGACAUCACAAAGUUGGAUAACAUUUUUUUUGGCAUUAGUUCGAGAGUUGCAGCUACGACGGAUCCAGUAACGAGAUUGUUGACAACGGCAAUUUUUGAAGCUAUCAUUGAUGCCGGAUUGAAUCCUGCAGAAUUACAUAAUACCAAAAUUGCAGUCUUUGCAUCAUUGUCUUAUCAAGAAUCAGACAAAGGAAUUUUUUAUGAAAAAUACGAGCCAUAUGGUCUUGGAAUUGUGGGAUCCGCUCGAACAAUGACAGCAAAUCGAAUAUCCUUUACUUUGGAUUUAAUAGGUCCAAGUUGUACCGUCCAAUCAGAAUGCGUUGGAAGUGCAACAGCCUUGCAAAAAGCAUUCGAAGUUAUAAAAUCUGGUGAAUGCGAAGCAGCAAUCGUUGAUGCUGGAAUUCUUAAUUUAUAUCCGAAUUUUUCUUAUCAUCUUAAAGAAUUAGGAUUAGCAUCAUCAGACGGAAUAAACAGAUCGUUUGAUGCAAAGGCUUCGGGAUUCUCACGCAGCGAAUCAAUAGGUGUGCUCUUUUUACAAAAAGCCAAAAAUGCAAGGCGUAUUUACGCAGAGAUUAGUGCUAUAAAUGUGGAAUAUGGCGGAAGUAUAGAUGACCACACUAUGAUUCUCAAUUCUGCACAGUUCCAAGCGCAAAUAAUGAAAAAGACUUUGAAAGACUGUAACUUAAGACCAAGUGAUAUUACUUAUAUUGAGGCCGAUGGUAUAGCAGUGAAGAAAAUAGAUCGCGAAGAAUUAAAAGCGAUCGAUCUUGUUUACGGACAGGAUCGAAGCCCUUCUAAUCCCCUUCUAAUUGGAUCAGUAAAAUCAAACAUUGGUCAUACAAGUUCUGGUAAUACAAUAAAUUCAAUUAUAAAGGUAAUUUUGGCUAUGGAGAAAGACAUUAUUCCUCCGAAUCUUCAUUAUGAUGAACCUCCGGAAGAUGCUAAAUGUCUUCAAGAUGGACGUGUUAAAGUUGUUACAAAACCGACACAUUGGACAGAAGGUUACGCAGCCGUCAAUACUGCCUCUUUCAACGGUCUCUUUUCCCACAUUAUCUUAAAACGUCAUUCGAAAAAUAAAAAAAAAGGAAAGCUAUCAACGCAAGAUUUCCCUCGACUUUUGACAUCCUCUGCACGAAAUAAGGAGAUGUUAACAUUGAUCUUUAAUUCUUUAAAAACAAACAAUUCCAACGAGGAAUUACUGCAGUUAAUCAACGAUGCUAUGAUAAAACCAUUAAAUCACUCUCUAUUUCGUGGAUACAUACUAUUGUCAUCAACAGAAGAGACGGAAUCAAAAACAAUUUUGGAAGAAAUUGUACCUGUUAACGAAACAUCUAAGGAAUUAUGGUUUGUUUUUACGGGAAUGGGCUGUCAAUGGACUGGAAUGGGUCAAUCUCUAAUGAAAAUACCAAUCUUUGCUGAAGCAAUAAAAAUAUGUGACAAGGUAUUAAAACCUCGAGGUUAUGAUAUUGUGCAUAUUAUAUGUGACAAUGAUCCAACUAUAUACGACAAUAUUGUAAACAGUUUUCUAGGAAUAGCAGCUAUACAAAUCGGUCUGGUGGAUGUUUUAUACGCAGUUGGAGUAAAACCAAAUUACAUAAUCGGACACUCUGCUGGUGAGCUGGGUUGUUCAUACGCUGAUGGUUGUUGCACGCGGGAAGAAACGAUUUUAACCGCUCUCUUUCGAGGUCUGGCUUCUGUAGAAACUGAAAUGAUAAUUGGAGCGAUGGCUGCAGUUGGUAUUGGUUACCAAGAAAUUAAACAUUUUCUUCCCAAAGACAUUGAUGUUGCUUGCCACAACGGGCCGCAAAGUUCUACUAUAAGUGGACCUAUCGAAUCUAUAAAAGCUUUUAUCAAGGAAUUACAGAGUAAAGGAAUAUUUGCUAAGAUCGUACCAACCGGUAAUAUUUCAUAUCAUAGUCGUUACAUUCACCCAGCUGCUCUAAAAUUGGCGGAUUACUUAAAAAAAGUCAUACUUCAACCAAAACAACGCAGUGAACGUUGGAUAUCUACAUCUUUUCCGAGAAACAAAUGGCAUUCACUAAAAGCUUGUUAUUCUUCGUCAGAAUAUUUUACAAAUAAUUUUAUUUCUCCCGUUUUAUUCGAAGAAGUAUUACAAAUGAUACCGAAAAACAGUAUAACCCUUGAAAUUUCUCCCCACGGACUUCUACAGACUAUUUUAGCACAAUCAUUGAACAGUAAUAUCAUUAAUUUAUCAUUAACUAAACGAGGCCACAAGGACAAUACAAUUUUACUUCUAUCUACAUUAGGAAAGCUUUAUAAUCUUGGAAUUCCCAUAACAGUUGGGAAUCUUUAUCCGCGAGUUCCAUACCCUGUUUGUAAAGGUACCCCAUCGAUUUCUUCGCUAAUGCGAUGGGAACAUAGUAUUGAUUGGAACGUGAAUUAUAUUAUAAUACCUUCCACUAUUUAUUUGCGGCUUGUUCAAGAUCUUUACUUGGAUCAGAGAGAGAAAGAAUCUGAUAAUUUUCUUAUAUUUGAGGACAUUGUAAUUCAUGAUCUAUUAUUAAAAAUACCAAAAAAUGAUAAACUUUCUUUGACAAUUAUUGUUAUGAAGGGGUCAGGAAAAUUUGAAGUAUUGAUAAAUGAAAAGACUAUUGUAGCUACUGGAACUAUAUGCUUUACAAAAAAUGAAAUAUUAACGAAGGAAGAUUUUUAUACGAGUCUUCUUAUUCGUGGUUAUAAAUAUGGAGAAUUUUAUAAAUCCGUCAAUGGACUAUCUUUAACUUCUUUAAGUGGACAAAUAAAAUGGAAAAAAAAUUGGAUACCUGCACUGGAAGGAUUAUAUCAAGUACUAAUUUUUAGAACUAAUAAUAAACACAUGCUAAUGCCUAAUAGAAUACAAAAGAUCGUAAUUGACAUGAAACAAUUGGAAGAAGAAUUGACGGAUAAAAAUGAUAUAACAGGAAAUUAUUUUUUAGUGUUACCGAUGAAAUACGAACCACAGAUCAAAUCAAUAGCUUGUACAGGUAUUGAAGUAAGCGGUAUUGAACUUAAAGAAGUAUUUAUAAAAGACACAAAUAUUGAGCUAUUAGCGGAUGAAGUUCGAUUUAUUUCGAAUGUAAAUGAAACGGAGAUGAAUACAAUUGACGUUUUCCACGCUGUACUAGGAGUAAUAUCAGAAAAUAUUAACAAAAGUGCUACGGAGAGAAUGGUUAUAAUAAAAGAGACAGGAUAUGAUCAUAAUAAUAUUUUUGAGUGUCUCGAAAACCUUUCGAAGAUGACUAAGUUUAAUUUUGAAUUAAAAUGCAUUGAUAGAACACAUCUUGAGAAAAUACUUGAUGAAAAUUUUACUUUGAUGAUUAUCGAGUAUUAUUUAUUUAAAGAUAUAAGACAUAUCAUUACUAAUAUCAGUAGAGAAUCAUUUCUAUUAACUGUUAUAAAAAUGGAAGAUGAAGAUAAUGCGAUUGCUAUGAUAAAAAGUGUAGGAUUAUUCGUUCUUUUGAAGAUAAAAAUAACUUCUGGUCAUACUGUCUUACUUUUAAAAAAGGAAGAAGAUUUAAAACGAGCGGUUGUCGUUAAAAAUCAACAAAAUUGUAUCGAUCAGUUAAAAACUUGUUUACGACAAUCGAAAUAUGAUAAUGUUAUAUUUUUGGUAAACUCUACUGUUGAAAAUAAUAUAUUUGAAAUACUUCAAGAUUUAAAACAAGAGCCGGAAUAUAAGAAACUUCGCAUUUUCGAUUUACAAGACGCAAAAGCACCGAUAUUUUCACUUGAAAAUAAAUUCUAUGAAAAUCAAAUAAAAUUAAAUUUUCGUCAAAACGUGUUAUCGGCAAACAGUGUAUGGGGCACAUACAGAUGGAUGCCAUUGACAGAAAAGUCUAAAUUUUCUUCGCACUGGAAAGCAAACUUUGAAAAAUCAGGUUCAAUAACUUGGAUGGAAGAAUUACCACUUAUUAACGAACCAAAUAAAAGCAUUGUAACAGUAGAGUGUGCUGCAUUCGAUCUAAAUGUUUAUGAAUACUCGUUACAAAAUGACGUCAGCUUGGAAUCACACAUAUCUGUUGUUGAAUAUUCAGGAAGAGAUGAAAAUGGUCGUAGAGUAAUGGGACUUGUUGACAAUUUCAUUAUAAGCAAUGAAAUUAUCCCUGAUCCAGAACUCACUUGGAUUAUUCCAGACAAUCUGAGCUUCGAGGAUGCUGCAACAAUUCCUCAUGCUUAUUUUGCAGCUUUCUGUAUAUUACAUUCUAAUGCUUUUAAAUUUAAACGAAUGGAAACUAUUUUGGUACAUUUUGGUGCUAGUGACGUAGGACAGGCUCUCAUAAAUAUAUCUUUGUCGUAUAAUUUUGAUGUUUAUACUACUUAUGAAACGGAAGCUGAAAAACAGAUCAUCGAGUUGAUACAACCACGUUUACCACAGUCACAGAUUAUUAAUAUAAAACACUAUAAAACUGAUAUUUUGACUAUUACGAAGAGGAAAGGCUUGGACUUCGUUGUUGCAAGCUAUUCAGUUUUAGACGAUUUAGAUUCUUGUUUAGACAUUGUUAAAGAUUUACAACAAAUGGCAAUGUUCUACGAUUGUAAUAAGCCUACUUAUUAUUUGUUACCACUAGCUAACUUUAUUAAACACAUAAGUUUGUAUUGUUACUGUUUACAAGAUCUUUUUAAGUUGUCACCGGAAAAGAAAAGAGAGUCAGCUGACCUAAUGAGAGCAGCUUUGCAGGCGGGUUACGUAAAACCAAUUAUAUCGCGAAAACUUUAUCUUCAAGGAACUGUAGAGGAAAAAAACAAAGUUGUUUAUGAACGUUUUGGAAAAGUAUUUAUUCAUCCGCUCAAACAGAUCAAAUCAAUCCACGUUCCUCGUUUGUGCUUUGACAAGAACAAAUGUUACUUUAUCGUAGAAGGCUUAGACAUUUUUGGCAUGCAAUUAAUGAAAUGGAUGAUCGAUGAAGGUGUUACCAAACUUUUUGUAGUUUCUAAAAUAGCAUCCAAGGAGAAAGAAAUCUUAUAUUUACAGAAAUUAUGUGAACGUGGACAAAAGAUUAUCAUACGAGUUGGGGUUGACCUAACGAAAGCACCAACGAUGCAUAAAUUAUUAAAGGAAGCCUCUUCUGUAGGUCAACUCGGUGCUAUUUUUGAUUUUCAUAGAACAAGUAAAGAAUUUGUGAGGUCUUCAUUAGUUACAACCUCGAUCACUCAAAUACUUGAUCAAGAAUCUAAAAAAAUCUGCCCAUUACUUGAAAAUUUUGUUAUUUUUUCGUUUUACAAUGAAAACGAACCUUUUUCUCGGUUUUCUAUUGUGGAAAAUAUUUGUGAACAAAGAAAAGCAUUAGGUCAACAUGGACUAUUUGUGCUUCUUCCUUCUUUAUUUGAAUCUACACAAUCCGAACGUAAACCGAAGAAAGAAUUUUUUGUGGAAAUGUCACAUUUCUUACAACGAUUGAGAGUUUUAUUGAAAGAAAAUUCUUCUAUAAUUUGUGUGUACCAUAACAUUUUAAAAGAACAUACUUCUAUUGAAGACCUGAAACUGCAAACAAAUAAUGAACAAAAAGAGAAGAAUAAACAAGAAGAGAGUGAACUUGAACUUUUUGAGAAAUAUAUAUAUACUCCAUCGAAAUCGAAAGCAUUAAAUAUCUAA